AAUUAUUAUUAUUUAUUUUUAUUUUUAUUGCUUUUGUUUGUUUUGGUUUUUUUUUGUUGGGUUUUUCACUGUUACGUUUUUUAGGUGUUGGGUUUUUUUUGUUGUUGUUUUUUUUUUUUUUUAAACACACAGAAGAGCAGAUUAAACACGUCCAAGGAGAAGAAAUGCAUUGAGAUUUAGUGAAGGGGCUGGAAGGACAAGCAGCAGCUGCAGAUCCUGAGCACUGCUGUGCUGGGUGCUCCUUGGGGUGCUCUUUGCUUCCCUGCACGUUUCCAUGAGUCUUGCUGCUCAGUUGUCCAUGUGGCUCCACACCAGAGGCCACCAGGAUCCUGUCUCCAGGACCUGUCAGUUGGGUCCAGCAGACAAGGAACGUGGCCACAGCCUUGCCCAGAGCUCAGUGCCCUGGGUCACCUGGGAACAGGAAAAGGACCAAGCCAGGGACUCUCUUUGCAUCUGGCUUGCCCUGAACAGCUCCACAGAGUUCUGAGCAUGGCCAAAGGUGUGGGAGAUGCUGUGCUUCAACACACAUGCCUUGAUAACCAGCAGAAAGCUCUGCAAGGAGCUUGGCAGGGAAAGGUGUGACUGUAAACAUAGGGAAUAAUCCAGAGUACAGAUGGUACAGUGACUUGCCUGGAGAAAUCCAGCUGGUUAAAAUGAGUUUUGAGUCAAUAUUGCCUUAAACUAAUUAAACCCAGAGCUAUUGGUUUGCUCCUGGUCAUGGUGGUUAUUUGGUUUGUAAUAUUUGGCUUGCUCCACCAGUGUAAAUGACAACUGGGACUGGGAAUGGUUUCUGAAGCUCUGUUGUGGGAAAGCUGGGCUUUGGGAUGAAGCAUAACCCUGGGAAUUUUGUAAAAGAGAGAACUAAGCCUGCAUCCCUCACUGAGGCCUGGGAGCUGUUGGGAAGCGUUUGUUUCCAUUUCAGCAGCAAGGUUCCAGCUGUGAUGGAGCUGGACAGGCCCAGGGAACCAGAGGAGAGGCUGAGACCUCUGGGACCAGGAGCCUCCCUGGAGGUCUGGGGGUGCAAGCUCACACUCCUGGCCUGAGGUGGCUGUGCUGGGAUUCCUGCUGCCCCUGAUGAAUGCCACAGCCCAGGGUCCCUUCCCAGUGCCUGUGGCUCUUGGAUCUUGGUUUUGGAGAGGGAGCAAGGAGGGAAAAAUAAUGUUUUCCUUGUAAUCCAGACAGACACGUGAGGCACAGAGGGACCAGCUCACCAGUUCAUGAGUCAGAGAUUCAGAUGGUAAUGCAGAGAGUAGAGCUGUAUUAUUGGAACUGCAAUUAAUGCUGUUGAGUUUGCAUGGACACCUUAUUGUGGGGUGUCCCCAUGACCCCCCUGUUCCCUGAGCAGGGGGUGACUUGUCCUGUUCUCCCAGCUGGAGCCAGGAGGAAUUGCUGUGGAAUACUUCAUAUUGCUCUCAAGUUUACCUACAGCUAAAUUAUUAGUUGCUGUUUUAAUUUCCUUUCUAAGAAAAGAAGAGCAAACAGCUCAUUUUCCACAGACUGCCUUUCCGUAAAGAGUGGGCAGCUUCAUUUGUUGAGAUUGUUCUGGCUACAAUGUGGCAAUUAGCAUUAAAAUGCUGGAAUGAAGCAGAGUUAGAGGCCGUUCAAGGCUCCUCUGUGCACUGAGCCAAGCAGGGGCUUCGCUGGCUUCUCUGUCCCCCAGUGCCACAGGAGGGGACCCGGCAGCACCGUGGCACAUGGCAGGGGCUGCUGUGCCCUGGGUGAUCCCAGCUGGUUCUGGAGGGGCUGGGAUCUGGGUGGGAGAGUCCUUUGGGAUCUGCAGACAGCAGCACAGGAGGCCUGCCAAGAGUUUUGGGGUUCUCUGGAGCUGUCCUGCAGAUGCCAGCUGUGUCCUUUCAUGGGCGAAUGGAAGAUUGUUUUGAUUGAAAGCUCUGGGUCUAACACUUGUUUUCUGCUGCGAGACCACGUCUGCCUCUUGGGGCUCUGUGCUUGUCGUGCAGCUGCUCCCUUCUGCUCCAGCCCCUCUCAGGUGAGUGCCCUUGCUGCAACGCCCUUCCUCUCCUCUUGCCUUAGAUAUCCUUGAUUUAUUCUGUUUAGUGUGAUAACCUCGGUCAAUACAGUGCAUUUUUUUUUUUUAAAUGAGGAAUUUUCCACUAAACUGCAUCUCUUGGAAGGUUUUUUUCUGUGCCUGGAGAACACAGGUUUUUGUGUGGUGCUGGCACCACAACGACCAGCCAGAGCCGUGUCCCACUGUGCUGGUGGCUUCACAGGAUGACCAGAGGGACCCUGCCCCACCGAUGGCUGUCCUGGGGUAGGUGUGUCUGUGGGGCUGGCAUCAGAGCAGCCAGAAAGGUGGCUGAGAAAUACUGGGCUGUGCUGCUUUAAUUUGAAUACACUCCUAAUUUAAUCAGAAAACAAACCUGUAAGUGGAGCGUAAUGAAAUGAAGGGCUUGCUGACCCCCCUGGCCUCAGCAGAGGGUGUCCCAGCAAGGGACAGCAGCAGGUUUUGGCCACUUGCCACAACAAAGCCCUGAGGUAGCAGAGGGAGCUCUUCUGGAGGUGUCUGCAAGUGGAGCCCCCUGAGCUGGGGCUGUUCCUGCACCUGGAGUGGCUGCUCUGAGCACAGCUGGGAUGCAGGAGCUGCAGGAGCUGCCUGGCAGCUCGGACCUCCUGUCUUCUGGCUGCUGAAAUGAUGCUCCUCAUUUAUGUGAAGCAGAUCAUGGAGGAGGCGGUGACGAGGAAGUUUGUGCAUGAGGACAGCAGCCACAUCAUCUCCUUCUGUGCUGCCGUGGAAGCCUGUGUCCUGUUCGGCCUGAAGCGGCGGGCGGCGGGAUUCCUGCGCAGCAACAAGAUAGCAGCUCUCUUCAUGAAGGUGGGCAAGAGCUUCCCCCUGGCAGAGGAGCUGUGCAAGAAGGUGCAAGACCUGGAGCAGCUCAUCGAGAACGCACGAAAUCAAGUCCAGGGCAUCCCCGAGAAUGUGCGCAAGAUGCCGAAGCUGCCCAGCCUGUCUCCUCAAGCCAUCAAGCACCUCUGGAUCCGCACGGCCCUCUUCGAAAAGGUCUUGGAUAAAAUCGUGCAUUACUUGGUAGAAAACAGCAGUAAGUACUAUGAGAAAGAAGCUCUCCUGAUGGAUCCUGUGGAUGGGCCAAUUCUUGCAUCUUUAUUGGUGGGGCCCUGUGCUCUGGAGUACACGAAGAUGAAGACUGCUGACCACUUCUGGACAGACCCCUCAGCUGACGAGCUGGUCCAGAGGCACCGGAUCCACAGCUCCCACUGCCGCCAGGACUCGCCCACCAAGCGCCCGGCGCUCUGCAUUCAGAAGAGGCAUUCCAGUGGCAGUAUGGACGACCGGCCAUCGCUGUCUGCCAGGGACUACGUGGAGUCCCUGCACCAGAAUUCCCGGGCCACGCUCCUCUACGGCAAGAACAACGUCCUGGUGCAGCCCCGAGAUGAUAUGGAGGCCAUCCCAGGGUAUCUGUCCCUUCACCAGACAGCUGACAUCAUGGCUCUGAAGUGGACUCCCAACCAGCUGAUGAAUGGUUCUGUGGGGGACCUGGACUACGAGAAGAGCGUGUACUGGGACUAUGCCAUGACCAUCCGCCUGGAGGAGAUUGUCUACUUGCACUGUCACCAGCAAGUAGACAGUGGUGGAACAGUUGUCUUGGUGAGCCAGGAUGGGAUUCAGAGGCCCCCGCUGCGGUUCCCCAGAGGAGGACACUUACUGCAGUUCCUGUCCUGCCUGGAGAACGGCCUCCUGCCCCACGGGCAGCUGGACCCACCCCUCUGGUCACAGCGGGGAAAGGGAAAGGUGUUCCCCAAGCUGAGGAAGAGAAGUCCUCAGGGCUCCUCCGAGUCUGCGUCUGACAAGGAAGAUGACGAAGCCACAGAUUAUGUUUUCAGGAUCAUCUACCCCGGGGCCCAGUCUGAGCUGGUGCCCCAGGACCUGAUGGACACGCCAGGUCCUGGCCUGCCUCCCAUGUGGCAGCCCAGCACCCGCAAGUCCUCCUGCUCCUCCUGCUCUCAGAGUGGCUCCUCUGACAGUGGGCCUCCCAACGGCUGCAGCCACGAGAGGGCUCCACUGAAGCUGCUGUGUGACAACAUGAAGUACCAGAUCCUCUCCCGGGCCUUCUAUGGCUGGCUGGCCUAUUGCAGACACCUCUCCACGGUGCGCACCCACCUCUCUGCGCUGGUCAACCACAACAUCGUGUCUCCCGACGUGCCCUGCAGUGCCAGCUCGGGGCUGACUGUGGACAUAUGGCAGAGAUACCUGCAGGACAGCACGAGUUACGAGGACCAGGAGCUGCUGAGGCUGAUCUACUACGGUGGGAUCCAGCACGAGAUCAGGAAGGCUGUCUGGCCCUUCCUGUUGGGCCAUUAUCAGUUUGGGAUGACGGAGGCAGAAAGGAAGGAGGCUGACGAGCAGACCCGCUCCUGCUACGAGCACACGAUGGCAGAGUGGCUGGGCUGCGAGGCCAUCGUCCGGCAGCGGGAGAAGGAGUCGCACGCGGCAGCUCUGGCCAAGUGCUCCUCGGGGGCCAGCCUGGAUUCCCACCUCCAGAGGAUGAUGCACAGGGACUCGACCAUCAGCAAUGAGUCCUCCCAGAGCUGCAGCUCUGGCCGUCAGAAUCACGCCCGGCUGCAGAGCGACUCCAGCUCCAGCACGCAGGUAUUUGAGUCUGUUGAUGAAGUGGAACAGACUGAGGCAGAUGCUCAGCUGGGAGAUGGCAAGCAAAGCAAGAUCCCUAAUGGGACGGUCCCCAACGGCACGUGUUCCCCUGAUUCUGGCCACCCCUCUUCCCAGAACUUCUCCAUCACAUCAGGAUUCUCAGAGCGCAGCUUCAGCAAUGAGGACAGUGCCCUGGAUACCAACAAAUCCUCGGGAAGCUCUCAGGGAAAAGCUGGUGGGUCUGAUGGGUCAGCCCCACAGGACCUGGAUAGUGCCCGGCAGGAGGAGAAGCUGCAGGACCAAGACAGCUUGGAGGGUGAAUUUCCCACCAAUGGAAGCGUGGACUUUGUUCCCAUGGGUGAGAGUGUGGCAGGAGCCCUGCAAGAUGGUGACUCUGUGGCCCUGACUGUGAUAGAGAGCUGGGCAGACAGUGAGGCUGAAAAGCAAAGCUUGGUGGAGAGUGAAGACAACCUCUCUGAGGAGCCAGAGAUGGAGAGUUUGUACCCACAGCUGGGUUCUCUGGCUGUAGCUGAUCUGGCCAACAGUGGAGCCUCUGCUGUCUCCUCAACGGGUGUCACCUACUCUCCAGAGCUCCUGGACAUGUACACGGUGAACCUGCACCGCAUUGAGAAGGACGUGCAGCGCUGUGACCGCAACUACUGGUACUUCACCCCAGCCAACCUGGAGAAACUCCGCAACAUCAUGUGCAGCUACAUCUGGCAGCACAUUGAGAUUGGGUAUGUGCAGGGGAUGUGUGACCUUCUGGCUCCUCUCCUGGUCAUCCUGGAUGAUGAAGCUCUGGCUUUCAGCUGUUUCACCGAGCUGAUGAAGAGGAUGAACCAGAACUUCCCCCAUGGGGGAGCCAUGGACACCCACUUUGCCAACAUGAGAUCUCUGAUCCAGAUUCUGGACUCCGAGCUCUUUGAGCUGAUGCACCAGAACGGUGAUUACACUCAUUUCUACUUCUGCUACCGAUGGUUUCUCCUGGACUUCAAGAGAGAGCUGGUGUACGAUGACGUGUUCGCCGUCUGGGAGACCAUCUGGGCAGCUGCACAUGUCUCCUCUGCACACUAUGUGCUCUUCAUAGCCCUGGCCUUGGUGGAAAUGUACCGGGACAUCAUCUUGGAGAACAACAUGGAUUUUACAGACAUCAUCAAGUUUUUCAACGAAAUGGCUGAGAGGCACAACACCAAACAGAUCCUGAAGCUGGCUCGGGACCUUGUCUACAAAGUCCAGACUCUGAUCGAGAACAAAUGAAGGACAUGGGAAAAACGAGGCAUCCAGACAAAGAGCCGGGACUCCCCUUUCAUGCUUCCUCCCCUUCCUCCUCUUCUCAAAGUGCCACACCAUGGAAACAAGGUAGUUGGACACAUGCUGCUGUCCAGACUGGAAGUCCCCUUAGCUCUCCAAGUGCUGUGUUCAGUGUUAGCUCCAGGGGGCCUGGCUCAGAUCUUCACAGCCUUCUUCAGUGACUUGACCAAAGAUCUGUACAAUUGCAUUUCACCCCUAAGGACUCGCUUUGGGAGCAGGACCCAGGCAGUCUCUUCCUUGCCUUGCUGCGGCACGUGUGGUUACCACCACAACUGCCAGGGCAGUGGCCAGCAUCCCAGGUCAGAGGUGGGGCCUGGGGGAGCUGCCAGCCCUCCCUGGGGCCCACGCAGCCUUUGUGACAAGGAAAUGAAGCUGCUUCUUUGGGGAGCUGCUGCCCCGUGGCACAGGAAGGCAGCCAGCCCUGCAAGCCUGGGCAAGGCAGGGGUGCUGCCAGCACUCAGCUGCUCAGUAACGUUGGGAGGUUCUGCCAGUAACAGAGAGAGACUUUGAUCACAGAAAUUCCUCUUCUUUUGAUCUUGUCCCUCGAUGCAUAGAUCCCCUGUAGUAUUUUGUUUCUUAGGGCUCUGUUCUCUCCCUGGGAUUUUGCUUUCUUUGCUACUACGAUAUCUGAGCACACAAGAGUUUCAACUCUGGGUGGAUUUUCAGAAGAGCUCUAAAUUCAGCAUUGGAUUUUUCUUUCAAAGUCCAGCCUCUGUAAUGCUCUCUGAACAAUGGAAAAUCUGGUCCUAACCUCUCUGGGAACUCUAGCUUGAGGUUUCCAUACCUGCCUUAUUCUAGCUGCAUGUGUUAGGAGUCUGGUCUCCCCAUCCUUCCUCUGCAACCCCAGUCAGGGGAGAGCUCCCUGGGAGGCAAGUCAGAGUUCUCAGUUUUGGGGACUUGCCCUCUGAAGGUGCCAGUCUCUUUUUUUCUUAAAGACCAGCUGCUCAAAGCUAGGCAGUGCAAACAACCCCCUCAGUGCCUGCAGGUUUCCUGUGUGCUUCUGGGGCUGGCUGCAAAGCCCCCUGAGCCCACUGAAAGCCUCCAGUUAGGUCUUGGUGAGCUUCUUUCACCUGCCUGUGAAGGGGAAAGUAGCCUGUGGUCCCUGAGUGGUCUUUGCUUUUGGGAGAUGCACUUCUGUGGCUGCUUCUCCUGCAGUGGCUCUCCAGCCCCUGGAGCACCCUGCAUGAAGUGCCUCUCCAGCAGUGCCAGAGGGCUGGGCUGCUGUGGCUCCCAAAGGCUGCACUACCCAGGGCUUGGGUUCAUUUUUCAACUCAGGUAAAAACAAUAAAGGCAAAGGGGAGGAGAAGGUUGUUGGUAGGCCUCAUUCAGCCAGGGAGGGCUUUGUCAUGGCCACAGGAGGCUGCCAGGAAUGUCUGCUUUCAGCAGCAGGGAGGACACUGGGUUGUAGCUCUCUGUGAGGGUAAUUUCUCUCGAGUUUUGCUGCAAAAAUUUGUGUUCCCCCUCCAUGUGACGUGUGCUGUGUGUGUGUCCUCCUCCUCCCCUCUGCCAGAGAAGGCUCUGCUCUUCUCUUGCUGUUGGAGAGCUGCUCACCAGAAGGGAAAAAGGGCCCUUCCCUUCUUCUGUGGAACAUCUGUCUGUGUUGACUCUGUGUUGUAUUAACUUGUGGCAUGUGUCAGAUGUUGCUUGUGGGAAAAAAAGACAGAUGUAAAUCUGCAGAAGAGGGCUGCUUUGGAAGUUCUGCAGAGUGUGGUGAAGCCAUUUGCAGUUCCUGAGCAAAUCAGCCCAUUUUCCUGCAGUGCUGGGACACAGAGGAGGCUGCAGCAGGACAGGCCAGGGACCAGUGGUGUGUCCUGAGCCCUUUGGGGAGGAGGGCUGCAGCAGAGGGGAGCAGUGGGGGGCCUUUCAUUGCUCAUAAUCCCAGUAAGGAAAUGUGCAGCAACAAUCCAGGCAAUUCUCUGAAGUGUUUUUUGGCGUUAAGUCUCCAAGGUGUGCUUGGUCUGCAGUAACACGGGGAAAAAAAAGGCAUUUGAGCUUCAAAUCUGACAGUUCACAUAUGAAUCUUUCAUUGCUCCACAAAGCAGAGUGGGAAGCUUGUGCCCUCCCUGCCAGGCUGUUCCUGUUCCCUCUAGGUCCUGGGACAGGUAAUAAUCCACCUGUAUCAGCUCCUCCAAAGGGGAAGUGCUCUGUGUGCCCCUUUCUGAGGGACAAGUACCAAUAGAUCAGCUUAAACAUGGUCUUAUCAAGCAACAACACUGACACUUUAUCUUUCAAGCUUCUGUUUUUCUUUUCUUGGUUUUUUUUUAAACAAAAACAGCCAAGAAAUCCUGCACAAUAUUUGCUGUCUGCAUUAACUGAGAGUGUCUUUGGGCCGCUCGCUAGCAGUGCUUUUGAAAAACUUCUGGGGGGAAAAGUAUUUAUUUAUUGACUGUACAUUACUGUGUGUCCUUGUAGACUGAAGUGUGUGAGUGUGUGUUGUUAUGCAAAUGGAGUUAUACCUUUUCAAUGUUCUUUACAAUAUCUUGUAAAUGUUUACCAGAAAAUUGUGUCUAUAUAUAAUAUAUAUAUAUAUGCAGUCUAGAGAGGAAAUAUGUUAAUUAAGUGGGUUAUUUUUUGAGGGAGGGAAGAAGAAAUCUUUUGCUUCUAAGGACUGUGUGGUUUCUAUAGCACCUGUUCCAUGAUGUGCCAAUCUGUCACUGUCCCUGUGUGAGCUGCUCAGGGGCAGCAAGGGGAAGCUCAGAGCAGAACCAUCAUCAGGACCUCAGCUUGCCUUGGCUUCAGUUCUGACUGUAACACUGGAAAAGAAGGGGGGAAAAAAAAAAGGGGAAAAAAUAAUAACAAAAUAAGCUUUGUUGCAGAUCUGGAGCUGAGCAGAUCCCACAGGAGCAGAGCUCUGCUGGAGCUGUGCAGGGAUUCGUGCCCAUCCUGGGAUUAUCUUGGGCAAGGGCAGUUGCAGAGCUGGGGCUGGAGAUCCGUGGGAGGGUUAAAACUCUUGACUAGAGUUUAAGCACAGGCUGGCGUUGUCUAGCUGUCCGUAGGCCUUCUCCUGCCUGGGUUUCUCCUUCCCAGCCCUGAGAUCAGCGCGGGAUCCUGGGGCCGCCCCAGGGAGUCCCCGCGGGCGGCCCCGCUCCGGGCUGCGCAGCCUCCGCGCCGCGCGGGGGGAACACUUGCCCAUGUACAGUCAUCUCGUCCCGCUCCUGGCGGGGGAGGAAUGUCUCACCCCAGCAGCUGAAGUCCAUCCCGAGCACUGGCUCCAGAAGCCGGGGGGAUCCUCAGCCUCCGGCUGCUCCUGCCCGCGGGGGCUGCGUCCCUCCUGGCUCCCCCUCCAGAGGGAAGGACGGGCUGCAGGGUCCAGCCGUGCAGCUCCCACCGCCCCCCGAGCCCCCCCGGGGCCGGGGGUGUCCCUGCUCAGCCCGCAGGUCAGCUCCCCGUGUUUCCAUCCAGUGAUGGUGCCCUGGCCCCUGCGCCCCGAGGGAGUUCCUGAAGGAUUCUCGUUCUGCAUCUGAGCUUUCUGAUGAUGCCACCUGCCAAACAACUCUGGGCACCCACCUCUUUUAGUGCUACUCAUGUAAACACUUUUAGAAAUUGUCUUUGUUCCUGAAUGUGAGAUUUUGGUAGGAGUUUCUCUCCUACUGCAUUGAGUCUCUGAACUGCUUAGCUAUUAACACUUUCAUGAAGGCUGAGAGGACUUUUUGCACGGGAAAAAGUUCUUGCUGCUGCUCUGCUCUGCUCUCAUCCAGCCUCUGAGGUUUUGAACAUCCCUUAACACAUCCAGAUACACCUUUCAUAGUGCCUAGAGCCAGCAGUGGGAGGGCAGGUGUCAGCAACCAUUGUCACUGAGCAAAUGGAUCAAAAGAAGUGACUGUUCUUGAUGUGGUAGCUUGGAAUUGUGGUUCUGCUGGGAACCCACCCACAGGCAGGCUGAGCCCAUCCUUAAAUCCCUCCUUGGAGACACAAGCCUUGUGGCCAGUAGCAAUUUAUAGGAUGACAUUAAUCUUAUUCUUUCUUCUUUAUUUAUUUGUUUACUAAUUUUAAUCUGGCUGGCUAUUUUUCCUUUCUUUUCCUGUUUACUUUGAGUAGCUAGAGAAUUCUCUGCCCUGGGAGCCACUGUGGCAAAGUGUCCUCAAAAUAGGUAUGGGACAAGUUUCAAGAUUCUCAUCAUGUAAGUUUGCUUUAAAAAAUAUGUUAGAAUAUCUUAAAUUGCUGCUUUCUACUGUGGCAUUCCUGUCCAGCUCAUGGUCACCUCUGAGCCCAUUCAUCAAGGAGGCCAAAAUUAUUGUCAUUUCAUCAAAUUAUCUGUCAAAUAUUUUUUUUCUCCAUUUGGGAAUUUUCACAAGUACUGGGCAGUUCUUGGCACAUUUUCAGCAUUUUACUGUCACGUGAGCACAAACUGAUGGUGAAAGAGCACAACUCACAGAUGAAGUGACAAUUUUCUAGCAGUGGGGAAGGUUUGUAAUUCUGACUAGAAUCAGUUUUCAGAAAUUCUUAUUAAAGUUUUCAGGAAGUCUGAAGUAGAUAAAAUGCCACUUAGUGGUGCCUGCUAUUUCAGGCAAUGUCUCGAGGUCAUUGUCCCCAGCUGCCUGCAGUUGUUUUGAUGCCAUAGCUGUGCAUUUCUACAGCCUGGAGUGUUUGGAUUUCCACUAUAAACUUUGUCCAAGUCUUGAAUUUUCCUGGAGAAUGUACCUUGUUGCAACAGCCAUAGCAGUCUUGUAAUGUGUGUCUGAUUUUAGAUCCGUAAAUUCCCGUUCAGUAGUUUAAUAACUUCCUUUUUCAAACUGAUUUUGCACAUGGAGACGGAGUGGGGAGCCCACAGGUGGAGCUGCAAGUGAUAAGUCUCUAGUUUCAGGUGACAGUCUCUGCUCCAGGGCUGGGUGUGAGGGCUCUGGAGCUGCUGGGACAUGGCGGAUCUGUGGCCCAUGGGCUCUGCCUGCUCCCGGGGCUCCAGCAGCUGAGCACAGCUGUGUCUGGAGUAGGGGGGCUGUGUCCCAGCCUCUGCCCCACCAGAUGGGUCUGCUGAGGCUCUGGGGUCCCCACAGAAGCCCCCCCUUUUCUCAUGCCCUCAGUGUGGGUGGGAGUGAGAGCUGCUGAGGAGCUCAGGGAUGGGCACUGGGUGCUGCUGAAGUGGGAGGUGGUGGGAGGAAGGACCCUUUUCAUCAGGUUUUUUGGAAAGCGUAAAAAGCACCAUUUAUCUUUUUAAACAAAUUAUUUAUUUUAAAUAAAUCAAUGCUAGAAUUUAAACUAUGCACAAGAUCUCAAAAAGCAGGUGGAAGCUUUAGGAAUUGGGGUGGCUUCACUGCUAGGGAAGAUAAAGAAUUGAAAAUCCUAAUACUGGAGACUGAGCUGUUAAAAAUUUCACUUUCAUAACUACGUAAGAAGAUCUAAUUAAAUCUUCAGAAAUUCAGUCUCUCCUUGGAGAGUAACUCCCUGCAGCCAGGGAAGGAGAGAGCUGUUUUUCAUGUACGGAAUUAAUGAAAACCUGUGUUGAAAAUCCAACUCAGAUGUAACCUUAGACUCGUGAUUGUCACUUCCCUAGUGCCAAGGUGUGUUCUGGAGAGCGUGGCAGGGUGACACUGGGCUGCCACCCUGCUGCAGCCAUCUUGGAGAUGACAGCAUCCAAGGCUCUGUGGAAUGAGGGAUUACCUCUCAAGAGUGGGGUUGUGAAUGUAUCUGAUGUCCUGACAUUAGACUUUUAUGUUGCCCUACACUGAAUUGCUGCUUUCCUUUGUUGGAUGCCAUUUUGGUCUCUGGGAGUUGCUCUAUCUGAGCUUAAUGAGCACUAUAGCUUUUAAUAUAUUUGUAGAAGUGCUGCUAAUGUUCUUAGAUUAUUUGAAUUCCACACUGUGGUAUAAUAUCUGUUUUAUAUUGUUUUAUCCAUGCUUUUGUUUUUUAUGUAAACUGUUCCUUAUUGUUGUUCAGAAAGAGAAAUUAAAGCUCUAUUCUCUAUGGUUAA